GUAAGAUGGCUGCGGGAAAGGGGAGAGCGUCUGAGGAACCAUCCGAUGGGAUGUUUAUCUGUCUCUAACAGGAUGCCCGGCAGCCCGAGCGAAGGAGUGGUCAACGUGUUAGCUCGCCCGGCUCAAUAUGGUCUAGCUCGCCAGUUGUCUCCCGGUUUCUUGCGCGCCGGUCGCCCGUUCACGGCUCUGACAUUGUGGAAUUCGUUAGCAGCUAGUCGCUAGCAACCCGCUAGCUCACCGGCUACGUUAGCGGGUAUCCAGGAGGAAGAAAAAAAGAAAAAAAACAGGCGCUCGCGACGACCGUUGAGGUUUCCCCGCGAAAAGCCCGAAGCGAGUGACGUUCCUGACGUUCCUCACCGGCGAUGGAGUGGUGCUGGCUCCAGACCGGAUGACAGGGCGGACGGGGUCACACGGACUCUAAAGCGGCGGCGGCGGCGGCGGCCUCUUCCUAGAUGUACACUGACUGGCAGUGACGGCGCGUUUUGCCCCCUCCUCCUGGAUAUUCUUUCCCACCUCCCUCCCUCUUUUCCCCUCUCUUCGCCCUCUCGGCUUCUCUCUGUCGCUCGUGACGUCCGACCCACCUCUCGCCGGGGACCAGCGAUGAGCUGGCUGAGCAGGCUGAACCCGCGGGGUCCCGGGAGUCGGCCCGGCCGGAGCGCCGCCCCCUCCGGCCCCUGCACCGCCGACCCCGAGACCUGCCUCAUGGUGUUUGAGAACCACUGGAGACAGCUCUCGUGGGUGCUGGAGCAGCAGGAGCCCUCGUCCUCCAGCGACGACCUGGCGGCGGUGAGGAAUCACACCGACCAGAUGCUGUGUCUGCUGGCGGAGGAGCGGCCCGCCGAGAGCGCGGAGGGCGGCCCCGCCGCCGGGGCGCCCAUGGGCCCCAUCCUGGAGCUGGUGGUCACGGAGAACAUCCUGGAGCGCCUGGUCCAGUGGCACCUCCGCCGCGGCCUGGACCCCGACAGCCAGGGGGCGCUGCUCAAGCUGUUCGAGAUGCUCAUCGGCCAAUCGCAGCAGCCGCUGCUGCAGCACACGGCCGUCCUCCACCCGCUGCUGAGGCUGCUGGGAGCGUGCGCCGACCCGGAUCUCGGGUGUCCUCUGGCCCUGGAAAACAGCCUGGUGCUGCUGCUCAACCAGAUCUGCGUGUCCAUGGCCCGGCAGCCCGUGGUCCUGGAGAUGCUGUUCCGGGCGGCGCCGGCCCAGCAGGGCUCCACCAAUCUGCUCAUCUUCUCCCUCCUCGUGCCGUUCAUCCACCGGGACGGCGCCAUCGGACAGCAGGCCCGCGACGCGCUGCUGCUGGUCAUGGCGACCUCGGCCAGCAACGAGGCCGUGGCGCGGUACAUCGCUGAGAACUCCUACUUCUGCCCGGUGUUGGCGACGGGCCUCAGCGCUCUCUACUCCUCGCUGCCCAGGAAGAUCGAGGUCCGCGGUGACGACUGGCACGCCCUGCGGCGCGAGGACUGGAUGAGCGUGUCGUCGCUCGUGCUGUUCAUGAACUCGCUGGAGUUCUGCAACGCCGUGGUGCAGGUCGCUCACCCGCUGGUCCGCUCCCAGCUGCUGGACUACCUCCACAACGGCUUCCUCGUACCAGUCAUGGGCCCCGCGCUGCAUAAGUCGUCGGUGGACGAGAUGAUCGCCAGCACCGCCUACCUGGACCUGUUCCUGCGCAGCGUGUCGGAGACGUCCCUCCUCAAAACCUUCCUGCGCUUCAUCCUGCUGCAUCGCCACGACAACGACACCAUCCUGGACACGCUGCUCACGCGCAUCAGCAGCAACUCACGGCUGUGCAUGGUGUCGCUGAGCCUCUUCCGGACCCUUCUGUCCCUGAACUGUGAGGACGUGAUGCUGCAGCUCGUUCUCAGGUAUCUCCUGCCCUGUACCCACGUGAUGCUGAGUCAGCGUCGAGCCAUCAGAGAGACGGACCUGUACGGCAAGUCGGCGGACAAGUUCCUGUCGCUGAUCCCGGAGUGCUGCCGGCUGAACGCGGCGUCCUCCGCCGAGCGCGACGAGGACGGCGCCUUCUGGGCUAAAGCAGCGAGCGGUCCCGGCGUCGAGUCCCCGGCGCCGCCCCGACCCAGCACCCCGUCCCGCCUGGCCUUCUUCAUCCGCCAGCAGAGCGGCGGCGGCGGGCCAGGGGGCGGGGCUCCCUCCACCCCCGCCGGCUCGGAGCCGCCGCAGUCGGGCGCCUCCCACCCGCCGUGCCCCGACAGCCCGAUGCACCAGCAGCCGGCCAACGCGGACGGCCUGGACUGGGACUCGGGCUACCUGGACUACCUCAAGGACUCCCGGCGGGGCAUCGAGGUUUGCUCCUGGGCGUGCCGCGACUGGUCGGCGCCCUACGACGGGGAGAACCCCUCGCCGAGCGCGGCCGCUCCGCCUCCGCCCGCCUCCAACCCCGCCUCCAACCCCGCCUCCAACCCCGCCAUGGCCAUGUUCCCCGAGCACUUCUCCCUGCAGCAGGGCGGCGGCGGCACCCCCCCGCCGGGCCAGCGGAUGGCCGCCGUCGUGGCCGCCGCGCGCUCCGAGUGGAGCGGCUCGGAGCGCGACAGCGGCGAGUGGGACGUCACGAUCGGCAAAAACAACUCCAUCAGCCUCACGCCGCGCUCCAAGAAGCGCAGCUUGCAGAGGGAGGAGGUCCCGCGUCUCGUCCCCUCUUCCUCCUCUUCUACUUCUUCUUCCUCCUCCUCCUCCUCCUCGUCGUCCUCGGCCACCCAUUCGUCAUCGUCCCACGCCGCCUCGUCCCCAGCGCCUCACGACCCCGCCUCCGUCGGCUACCAGGCCACGUGCAACGGCACGGCGGCGCAGGAGGACGGCUGCUCCGACAGUCGGGACAGAGGGCUGGAGGUGAAGAAAGUGAAGAGGGACUUGGGGGAGCGCCGGUAUCCGGACGAAAACGCCAAUCGGAACGGAUCCCUCGCCACGUGCUCCUCGCACGGCCGCGCCGCUCCGCCGCCGUCCGUUUUCCACGACGGCGGAAUGAGCGACGCGGAGUCGCCGCGGCCGAAUGGGAUUCCCUGUCGGGGCGCGGUCGGCGCGCCGGCGUCCGACGGCGACGCCUCCAAGCCGCGCCGCGCGUCUUCCGAUCCGCCGGAAGCCGACCGGGCGCCGCAGUCCGUGGAGAGCCUCAUCAGGGAGCUGCUGGAGCAGGCGCCGGGGGAGCCGCCGCUCCCCGGAGACGCCGGCGGCGGCGGCGGCGGCCAGGGCAUCAGCAUCGAGGCCUUCACUCAGGAGCUGAGGGAGCUGGAGGAGCGGGCGAGGGAGCGCGGCCGAGCGGCCGGCCGGCAGGAGGAGAGCGCCGGAGACGACCUGUCCUCCGAGCGCCGGCCGCCGCCGCAGGAGGAGGAGCAGCAGCCGCCCUCGGAGCCGAAGCCGCCGCCCACGGGCGACCCGAAGGCAGACGGGCCGGCGCUGGGCCUCGGCAGCCCGGCCCGACCGCUAAACAAGCCGUACACAGGUCCGUUCAUGGUGGUUCUGUUCGCCAAGCUGGAGAACAUGCUCCAGAACUCUCUGUACGUCAACAUCCUGCUCACGGGCAUCGUGGCCCAGCUGGCCUGCUACCCGCAGCCCCUCCUCCGCUCCUUCCUGCUCAACACCAACAUGGUCUUCCAGCCCAGCGUCAAGUCCCUGAUCCAGGUUCUCGGUUCUGUGAAGAACCGCAUCGAGGCGUUCGCGGCCUCUCACGACGACUUCCCCGCCAUGCUGAAGAAAGCGCAGCAGUACCUGGUGGCCCGGGGCAAGGUGGACUGGGCCGACUCGCCCGGGGCGGUGCCGACCCUGAGGCGCUCCGAUUCCUUAGUGAAGAGCCGUAAGCCGUCCCUCGGGGAGCUGAUCCUCCGGCACACCAACAGCCCGACCCGGGCGCGGCACGCCGCCCAGCUGGCCCUGGCGCACGUGCGCGACGGCGGCCAGUCGCUGCACAGCGCCCUGUUCAAGGGCGCCGGCGGCGCCUCCUUCAUCGAGAAGCAGGCGGAGGCGCUGCGGGUGAAGAACGCCGUCUACUGCGCCGUCGUCUUCUGCGAGUUCCUCAAGGAGCUGGCCUCCCUGGCCCAGGAGCACGCCGUCACGCUGCCCUUCCCCCACGGACACGAGGCCGAGGAGUAGGCUCCUCCCAUCCGGCUCCUCGCCGGACACUUCUGUUCUUUCUUUCUUGAUUUGCCCGCCGACACCGGGCGAACUGGAGCUCUGGGACUUCAACGCCACCGGAGCGAAAAGGCAAGAUUAUUAUUUUGUUUUUUGUAUCGUUAAAGGAAACCUAUCGGACUGGAAGAAUUCCCUUCAUCUGUAAACUUCGACCAUAUUGGGCAUAUCAUGUAUUAUAUUUACAUUCUAUACGCGGAAGAGUCCGGUAAGCGCGUGAGGUUCAUAGGAGUGCGUACAACCGCGUCGGCUUCGGGGCGCCGCGUUUCUAGUGUGUCGCUCGGAGCGUCGCGGCACUUUUUUUUGCUCUGAACGCGACGAAAACUGGAAGACGGGAGGGAGGGCGCCGCUUUCCAGCCGGUGAGUCGGCACGGCCAACGGGAAGAACAUCGAAGACUAUUGUGUGUGUGAUUUUAUUUUCACUCUGUAGAGAAGAACAGAGGUCGACGCCAUCGGCGGUGAGCCGUUCGCCAUAAAGGAGGCCGUGGGUUUUUUAGAAGAAGGCAGCGCGGCUUUGCACGUCAGACCUUCACCGUGUCGUUUAGUCUUUCUUACAUUUCAUUUUGUAUUUAAGGACCCCGAGAGUCCGCCAGAAACAAAAGGGCGAGCGAGAAGAGAACGGUUUAUUUUUUCUUUCAAGGGAGCGUCUGGCGUGAUUUUCCAUUGACUUUAUAAAGAAGAGAAAGUCACGCGGCGUCAGCCGACUGAUCUUUAAGGCCGAUCUGAGCUGUGAGCUCAAAGUCACGCCUGGAAGAGGCUUUUUUUUUUUUUUUUUUUUUGUGUGCUUCAAAAUAUUGUCUCUUUUUUACAAUUUUUGGGACGAGCCAAACCGAACACGAGAACCGUUCCAUCCGGGAACUCAACGAGCUGCUAUUCUGGUUCUUUUAACACUAAUUUGUUUUUGGUUCUCGGUGUAUUUUCCAUUUUUUUUAUAUAGGUACCAAGUAUAAAUGUCUCUCUCUCUCUCUCUCUCUCUCUCUCUCUCUCUCUCUCUCUCAAAUGCCUGCCAUCCCGUACGGUCUCCAUCUUUAAAAUUGAACGCCACGCCAUUGCUUCGCCGCGUUCCUCUUUUCUCCGCCCCCCCCCCCCCCCCCGUUAGUCCAGAGUCUGCAUGUGAAUCUCGGCCAGGUGUGGUUAGUCUAGAGUAAGUUUUCUUUGUUUUGUGUGACGGUGCCGAGCACCAAAGGGACACGAGGACUUUUAUUUUGUUUUUAAAUUGUUCUGUUUGGUAAUGAGGGAGCACGCCGUGUUAAAUCAUCUUAGUAUUUAGAUGUGACGUAAAAAAAAAAUCUAUUCUUAAAAUGGCGUCUCUCUGCAAAGCAAACCUCACUCCCAAAGCCCCGCCCCUCACCAGAGCGUCCUCUGCUUUCACACUUUUUAAAUAUAUAUAUUUUAAAUAUGCGGUAAAUAAAGCGCCCACACAGAAACGUCUCUGGCCAGUCAUAAUAAUAUAUUUUAUUUGGAGGCGCCUUUCAAAUCACCGUACAAUAAAAUAAUACAGGAUAAAAUAUAAAAGCAUGAAAGAUAAAAAACAACAUUAAAACAGAACAUCAACAU